CCCCCUUUCGCCGACCCGAACCUCCCCUUCCGCGCGUCCUCUCCUCGCGUGGGCCCACAGCAGUCGUUGUGAGGGCCCAGGCCAGGAGCCAAGCAGGGCGGCGCCCCCCGGCCCCGCGACGGAGCGCCCUCUCCGGCAGGGAUGAGCAAGCUCAACAUCGACAACCUGAAGAAGGGCAUCGGCGAGAUCCUCGACGGCGCGAAGGCGAAGCCCCGCAAGUUCCUCGAGACGGUGGAGCUGCAGAUCGGCCUCAAGGACUACGACACGACCAGGGACAAGCGCUUCGCCGGCACCAUCAAGCUCCAGCACGUCCCCCGCCCGCGCAUGAAGAUCUGCGUGCUCGGCGACGCGGUGCACUGCGAGCAGGCGCAGCGGGCGGGCAUCCCGUUCAAGAGCGUCGAUGACCUGAAGAAGCUCAACAAGAACAAGAAGCUCGUCAAGAAGCUGG